GCGGAUGAAAGCGAGCGGCAGCAGAUGUGGCGCUGCCGAGAUUGACCGACCGACCGACCGAGCGACUGACGGAGGGGUCGACUAACGCACUUUCAUGCCAUCGAGACUGUUGCGAGCCAUGAAGUCAAAAUGCGCCCCUCGCUUUUCCUAGGCUGCAUCUACAGCUCCGGCCCCGGCGAGAGGUGAGGCGAGGCGAGGCGAACAGAGGAGAGGAAACGGUGUCAAAGUUGCAAAAAGACCUAUUCAUCGAAGUGUCAAUCGAGCCAUGAGUUCGUCGAGUUUUUUCGGCGGAGAGGAAUUUGACGUUCCACGGGAUUUCGUGGCGAGGAGGAGGAGGAGGCUUUGAGGGUUGCGGGCGGGCGGGCAGGAAACCUAGAUUCAGUGAGAACAGACUAUCCGUGGGACGUGCGGGGAGAAUUACGGAGACACAAUAUAAGGUAGAACAGCGACUGCGCCAAUGUCCGGAACGUUGAUCCCUUACCCCACUCAGCAGCAGCAGCAGCAUCAGCAUCAGCAAUGCCAACUCUAUUGUGGUGGUUGUGGAACACUUCUCGUGUAUCCGUAUGGUUCGAACCACGUUCGUUGCGCUCUUUGCAGUUUUGUGACGAACGCGCCUGCUCAUCUCAAUUGCGGAAGCUGUGGACUCCUUCUCAUGUAUCCUGCCGGGGCUCAUGCAGUCAAAUGUUCCUCUUGUCAAUUCAUUACAUGUCUUGCCCCUCAAACUCAAACCGUAAUUGUUGAAAAUCCAAUGACACUGGACGAUAGCGGACAGCUUGUUAGCAGUGUGGCUGUUGGCAUUACAACCAAGCAUGCGUGAUCUCGGUGAAUUAGUGUGCAUGUGGACAAAGACACCGAAGUAUCAUAUGCUGAUUCUGAUGAUACAUAGAACGACUAUAGUAGAAUGUUCUAGCUUUGACAAUCGUUUGUCUUAACUAGAGGUGAAUCAUGGAGAUACUCUUGGGAAUUAGUGUGUACAGUUGAUUUUACCUUAUGAAACCGCUGUCAGCAAUACAUUCGCAAAUCCGAAGUCCCUGGAUUAAUUUUUUCUGCUCCUCUAUCGAUCCACUUGUGGAAGUGAGUACACUUUGUACAUGAAGUCCAAAGGCUCGGUACAGAAACCAAAUGUGGUCUAUGGCGAUGAUCACUAUCGACCUGCACUGUAGAGAGCCAACCCUUAAAAAAGAAUCUCAAAGGUUGCAAUAGGAAUGGGUGGUUUGCCUCUGACCUAGAUUUGCCCGAGCUCUCUCCUGUAUCUUGAGGACUUGCCAUAUUACUCUGAGAUAAAUGACGGUCAACGAGAAGGAUUGCCAGGUCAGUGCUACCUAAUUCUCAAGAGCAGAUUCCGGAUUUUCUAGGAGUGACAGAAGCUUUCACUACAGCAUACUCCGCUGUAAACAUUCAUAUAGGGAACAGUAUGAUGAAGGCCAGAGGAAAAAUGCGGAUGAUUGAAGGCAACUGGAGAUUACAGAAGAGCUGACAGAGCGCAGGUUUUUCCAUAGUGACAAUUGACCCGUGAAGUCAAGGGUGUGGUGGACAACGGCGACUACUUUUUGAGCUGACUGUUCGUAAGGAAGGCACAUGACGCUCUUUGAAGAAGCGAAGGACUUCUUCAACUGAAAAAACCAAAAGGAAGGGCUGUUGUAUUAUCUACGUUGAGCUACAAAUAGGUCAUUCGUUGCUGCAAGAAAUCGCUAGCCGUAUAUGAUCUGACCUCAAUGUGCUACCAGAGGUGUUUUUCGCUCAGAGUGUUGAUUUGUCAAGUUUUAAUGUCCACCCUCAACGUCAUGUUGGAGGUUGCACUGUCUUUCCUUCUCGACAUGGUCAAAAUCGAUGCCGUUUAAAGCCUCAACGUUUCAACAUCGUGUGCAUCUCAACCUACUGUCAGAGUCCAUUCAUUCAUGUUUUCACGGUGGCGCGUCCCGUGAUCUACAGUG